AGGAAAAUUUCUAUGGCUCACUUCAAUUUAGAAUAUCAAUAGUUCAAAAAUGGCGACUACCGCUAAUUACGCUUUUUCUUCUGAUGGUGAAUAUUUUGCACAUUGUGGAAAUGAUGGAAAAUUAAAAAUUUGGGAUACUAAUACUGGUCGUUUAAAACAAGAAUAUGUUUCCAAUUUUCAUCUUUCUUCUCCAUGUUGUAUUUUGGAAUGGCUUUACAUCAGUUCUCGUACCACAAAUACAUCGCCUUCACCAUGGAAGAAACGUAGAAGAAAAUCAAUUUCAGAAGAAUCCAUUCAAAAGGGUAUUAUUGCUAUGGGUUCAACAAAUGGAAAAAUUACACUUUACGAUACAACAACUUCUUCGGUUACUGCACAAUUAGAUGGCCAUUCUGGUUCAGUUACUGCAGCAACAUGGUCUGAAAAUGUUGGCUUUAUCACUGCAUCAGAUGAUCAUCAUAUUAUUCAAUGGAAUUUUCAAGAAAAUGGUGUAAAAUGUAAAUGGAAAUCAGGAAAAGGAAAAACUACAUCAUUAGCAGUAUCAACAGAUGGAAAUAAUUUGUUAUCAGGAGAAAGAGUUGUUAAAUGGUGGGAUUUAAAUACUAAGCGGUUAAUAAGAACAUUUACAGGUCAUGCUAAUCAAGUGACAUGUCUUCAUACUAUAAAAAUGACAUCUGGAAAUAAUUAUGUUAUUAGUGGUGCUUGUGGCGAUGGUUACCUCAGUGUUUGGGCAUUAGAUGAACAAAGAAAUGAAAGAACUUCCGUAGCAAGUUUAGCUUUACAAGAUGAUCCAAUAAGUGUUUCUGCAAAUGUCUCAGCAAAUUCUCAAGUGAUGGUUUUAGUUGUAACAAGAUCUGGACAAGCACAAUUAUUUCAAUAUCAACCAAAUGGUCGAUCAAAACCUUUAAAGCCUAGUUUAAAUAUUGCAGUUGCUUCCGAUAUAAGUCAAAAAGAUGAAGUACAACAAAUUUCUAUUUUAAAUGCAAUGUUAACAGAUGACCAGAAAUUAUUAUUAGCAUAUGGAACAUAUCUUAAUCCUACAUUUGAAAAAGUGAUACCAGAUUUUUCUGAUAAAGUGCAGUAUUUAGUACGUUCAGAAUAAAAGAAUAAAGAAAGGAAAGAAGAAAUUUCUAAAGUGAAAUCAACUAUAAUUGAAGACAAUGUUGAAUACCUUCCACCAGGAAUAAUAGAAACUACGCAAAAGAAGAGUAAAAACAGUUCAGGAUCUCAAUUGUUAUUGAAAGACAGAUUGGAAAACUUAAGCUUAAGUGCUGAAAGCAAUUCUAUAGGCAAAACUAUUAGUACAGGUAACAACAGGACACAACUUCUAAUACAAGGCUUGAACAGUAAAGAUAAAACUAUUUUGAGUAAUAUCUUGCUCACAAAGAAUGAGUCUAUUAUUAAGAAUACUAUUGCUAAACUACCAAUACAAGCAAUUGGACCACUUCUUAAAGAACUCACUAUUCUUCUCCAGGGUAAAACUUACACGAGUAAAAUUGCUGUGCGAUGGUUGGAAGCAUUGCUAACGACACAUGCAGGACAUUUAUUAUCACAAGCAGAUCUUGUGGAAUUAUUUGGACCAAUUUUAAGUUCAAUAGAUGCAAAAUUAGCUCUUCUGACAGAACUCUCAAAACUUAAAGGUCGAGUUUCUCUUGUUACUGGUCAAAUUUCCCAAACAAUGGAAGAACACGAUAAAGAUGUUACCGAAAAUUGUCUCGUUUAUCAAGAUUCAGAUUCAUCAGAUGAAGAUGGUGGAAUUGAAGAUGAAGAUUUAGAAAGUGAAUCUGAUGAAGAUUGGGAACAAAUGUCAAAUCAAGAGGAUGAAGUUCAAGAUGAUCAAGAUGAUCAAGAACAGCAAAAUGAUGAGGAUAUCAAGAGUAUGAAUUCUGAUCAUGAAGAUGAUGAAUCUAUAUCCAGCUGAAUAUUAAUUUAGUGAACAUUGGAGUUCCUGAAUAUAAAAAAUUUGAAAAAAAAGAAAAAAAUUAAAAUGUUAAAUAAAUACCGUUUUUCUACAAAAAUUAUUAAAUAUAAAAAAUUAAAUAUAUCUGUAUUCCAAUCAUCUCUAUUCAAAAUGAGAAGUUAUUUUAUGCUUCUGAUUUAGUUAAAAAUAAAUAAUAAGUAUUUACAUAGGAA